CGAGUACUCCACCAUGUCUGGAGAUAAUCAGGAGAGCAGGGCCCCGGAGGAAAGCUCGGCGGAAGAGCAGAAGGAAAUGGAUGACAAAGUCAUCAGUCCUGAGAAGUCAGAGGAGAUUAAGUUAAAAGCAAGGUAUCCUAACCUCGGUCCCAAACCUGGAGGCUCUGAUUUUCUGAGGAAGAGACUUCAGAAAGGUCAAAAAUAUUUUGACUCUGGGGACUACAAUGUGGCUAAAGCAAAGAUGAAGAACAAGCAACUGUCAACUGCCGCACCUGAUAAAACGGAGGUUACAGGGGAUCAUAUUCCUACGCCACAAGACCUCCCUCAAAGGAAACCGUCUCUUGUUGCAAGCAAACUGGCCGGCUGACCAACCUGUCUGUUUUCAUAAAAGCACCUCAUUCCCAUUACUCCUUCUUUAAUCUUUCUAUUUUUCUCUACUCCUCCUCUUGUUACACCAUAGUCAGUCUGACGGCUUAGCAGGCAGUUGUAGAGCAAGCUGCUGUCUUUUAGGAUGAAACUGUUUAGUGUCAGAUUAGUUAUAAGUGAAGCACUGAUAAAUUGAUGUUUUGGUUUAAGCAAUGUAAGGUAAUCUACUUGAAAACAAAAAAAUGUACAUAUUGCCUAUUUACUCUUUUUGUAGGACAGGUUUAAGCAAUGGACACUUCUGUGGGUUUUACCAUUUUAAUGUCUGCUUUACUUUGAUUUCUUUCAUACCAUAGUAUGUUUUUGUAUUUAAUUUUGUUUUCCUUUUGACUUCUCUCUUGAGGUUAAGACCACACAUUCUGUUCUAAAGAAAGCAAAGCAUGCUGAUCCAAACUGGGUUCUGAAGGGGUCCUUUUAUUGCUCUGCCCUUUUAACUUGAAUGGCCUUAAACCUUUCUCAGCUUUAACGAUACGAUUUGAAUUGGGCAAUAUUUGCUCACACUGCUGUAACUUUUCGUGAACCUAGUACACAAUGAAAGUGACCUGUUGAAGCUGGUGUUUUCCAAUUAGUUAUGUAGAACCUUCUGUGGAAGCUGUGGAUGAAGUAUGCAUGUGCAUAGACUGUUGAAUUCACUUUUGUGCCAUUUUGUAAAUACAAUAGUUUUGCACAACCUUUUUGCAAAAGUGUACUAAUUUUUACAGUUUACAAGAUCUAUAUGUAAAGCUGUAGCACAUUUUAGCUUCUACAGAUAGAAGAGCCUUUAUUUCAGAUUCAUAAAUGACCCUAAAUAUUCUCUUGAAAUAUAAAUAGGUGUGAGGGCUUUGAAAGUUCUUCCAAGAAAUCCCAUGGUGAGCUAGGGAAUGCCAGUCCAUGCUGCUGCUGUAAUGUCAUCAUCCAAGAACUGAGUUAUAAUGAUCCUUAUGUGUCUGGAUCACUUGCUUGUAGAGGAGCCACUAAUUGUUAUCUUGUAUGCCAAAAUUGAAAUGAUUGCAUGUGUUUGUCCCUAGUUCCAUUCUUUAUUAUCUUUGUGGACAUGCAUGGUGCUUAUAGCCAAAAGAAGCAUACAUUUGUGGCCUGAAGGGUAUCUACAACUCUGCAGCACUAGCUACACAUUCAGACUUAUUUCCAGAUAUCCACAGUAUAUAAAGAUAAAUGUUAGUAACCAGCAUAUGACCAGAAGAAGAAGAAAUGUUCUAUGAUUAUUAUAUAGAGUUAGGACACAUUUAACAAAAACAUUAGAAGAGAAUUAUAUGGUUUACUAUACUGAACCCUGGAGAUGUAUAAUAUUGCUGUGCUUAUUGGUGUCCAACAGCUAAUAACUGAUAGCAAGAUUUAAAAUGCUGGAUAUACUGAACACGUAUGAAUACUGUUAAUAAAGAUAUCAACUGUAA